AUGGAAGAUAUAACAUCUUUAGAAGAUAAUUCAAGUGAGCUCAACGAAAUAGAAGAUACAAAAUUUUUGGAAGAGAACUCAAAUGAACUCAAUGAAAUGGAAGAUGCAGCUAAUUUGAAAGAGUAUUCAAGUGCUGUGAAUGAAAUGGAAGAUCCAACAAAUAUGAAAAAUAAAGUGAAGGACCCAGAGGUUGGAGCAAUAUUUGAUUCAUUGGAAGAGCUAGUUGAAUAUUACAAAAAUUACGGGAAAGAAAAGGGGUUUGAAGUUACUAUAAGAACCUCAAGUAAGGGAGAUGGUGGGGAACUGAAAUAUUUGACUUUGGCAUGUUCACGUUCCGGAAAGUCAAAGUGUAAUUCAAGGAACUCCCUUAAGUUGCAUCCAAUAACAAAAACAGAUUGUCAGGCUAGAGUUAGAGCAUGUAUAUGCCUUGAUGGAAAGUGGAAGGUGUGCUCUUUUGUGCUUGAGCAUAAUCAUGAGCUCAGUACUCCAAGUAAAACUCGGUUUUUUAGAAGUAGCAGAACAAUCAAGCCAUAUAUGAAAAGAAAGAUAGAAGUGAAUGAUCGAGCUGGGAUAAGACCGAAUAAAAAUUAUAAUUCUUUUGUUUUUGAGGCAGGUGGCUAUGACAAAUUACCCUUUCUGGAGAAAGAUUGCAGAAAUUAUAUUCAAAAAAUGAGGCAAUUACGGCUUGGAGAGGGUGAUGCUACUGCAAUCCAACAAUAUUUCAUGAAGAUGCAAAGUAGUGACUCAAAUUUCUUUUAUAUUAUGGAUUUGGACCAAGAUGGUCGAUUAAAGAAUGUGUUCUGGGUAGAUGCAAGAAGUAGAGCUGCAUAUAGGGAGUUUGGUGAUGUUGUGACAUUUGACACUACAUAUUUAACAAAUAAGUAUGACAUGCCAUUUGCAACUUUUGUUGGGGUGAAUCAUCAUGGGCAUUCGACAUUGCUAGGAUGUGCAUUAAUCUCUAAUGAGGAUACUCCAACAUUUACAUGGUUAUUUCAAUCUUGGCUUACAAGUAUGUCUGGAUGUGCUCCCAAUGGAAUAAUAACAGAUCAAGAUAGAGCUAUGCAAAAUGCAAUCGAGAUUGCUUCUGAACUUCCAAAUGUUACAUUUAACAAUGGAACCUUAAAUGUUCUUCCGACGGUGCCCCAUCCUAAUGUAAAUACUGCAUUAUUUUGGGGAGUCAAUCAAAAUGUUGAACCAAAUGCAUUUCAUGGAGGAAUUGGUUCUUCUUUCCCAUUUUCUGAAAACUAUAUGCAGGUCCAUGCUAGUGAAAUAUUGUUGGCGAGUUAA